CCUUCCCAACUUCCGUACAACGAGCCCGCAGAGGAGUGGUUCUGCUGUGUGUGCUUUGACGGGUAAUAUUCGGAUACAUUUGUUUUCCUUGACGUCUAAAAUGCUUAGCAUUACUCCGUCACAACCAGUAAAUAACAUCUAACUAUGGAGAGACUUGUUUAACAAGCAGUCAAUGUUUUUGACGACGCCAUUGGAUACCGUCGUUGUUGUUUUCAGUGUGGGAAAUGACCGGGGCUGUGGCGAGUGUGCAGCGGUCGUGUUAAAUUCAAAACUUUUACGGUCAGUGAUGCGUUUUAACGAGAAGGAGAUGGUGCACUUGAGCCGACAGCCGUCAGAAAUGGUCGCCGAGCUGGGCAUGCGAGGACCCAAGAAAGGAGAUGUUGUCAAGAGGAGGCUAGUGAAACUCGUUGUUAACUUCCUCUUCUAUUUUAAGACUGACGAGGAAGAACCUAUUGGAGCUCUGCUGUUGGAGCAAUGUCGGGUGGAGAAGGAGGACAACCUAACAUUCACCAUUGCAUUUCUAGAAGACGCAGAGAGGAAAUAUCUUUUUGUGUGUGACUCUGAGGAGCAAUGUGGGAAGUGGAUAGACUCCAUCAUCAGGGCUAGCUAUGAGUUCAUGAGGCGGAAUCUCAUAUUCUACAGAACUGAAAUCCACAGGCUCACUGGAAAAGAUCCAUUGGAGCAGUACGGCAUAUCAGAUGAAGCUCGCUUUCAAGUUACUAAUGGCCUGCAGCAUACGCCCAGAGAUGCCUCCUCAAUGUAGACUAGCAUUCUGCCUAUUUUGAUCUUUAUUUUAUUUUCAGUUCAGCUUGCCACUCAAAUAGCGCCACCACCCUGGACUGAAAAGCAAAGGCAUUACUGUAAGCGCUUAAGGGUGUGUGCACACUCUGCUUUUUAUUGUUUAGUUUUUUCACCAGUUGAAAAUUGAACAUAGGAUUUCAACUGUGUGUGAAUCUUGUACCACCAGCUUGUUGUGGCCUUCAGAAAUCAUGUCUGAUUAUGGGUUCUCAGUGCCAGCUUCUGUCAUCACAAGUUUUUUUCCUUUAUUUUAUAGUUAAUAGUCUCUAAUUUUAGAUAAUGUGGAUAUUGUGAGUCACUGGCAAUAUUUGACUUGCUACUGGGAGAAUCAGUCAGGACAAUAGGAAAAAUAUUAACAAUGGCUGCAGAGCAACAUUUUAGAUAAAUGGCUUAAUUAAACUAAGACUUACCGAUGGUAUUUAAACUACUGAGUUGAGCCACAAUUAUAUACAUAUAAUAUAGCGAGGGAAAAUAUUGUUUUUUUUUCUCCAUGAGUGUUUAUCGUCCUGCUCAUCUAAACUACUUGGCUUGUUAAGAUACUUUUGCACACUGUACUGUACUUUACUUGUUCUUGAGAGUUUAUUUUAUGAGUUUCUAAAAUGUACUUGAAUUAACUUUUUAUUUUCUAUUGCACUGUAAUUCGCAUUUCUUUGGUUAAGGUGGACCAUGCUAAGUCUUUUGACUUCCUCUUGUUUUUGUAUGUCGCUACAGCUCUGAACCACGUUACAUGUAAACACAGUUCUGUAGUCUGCAAUUUGGUAAACAUUCCAUACACGUCUAUUUUAUAAUUAGCGUACAGUAUGCUUCACUUGCUUUCCCAGUGUCUUGUCGUCUUCAUUGAGAACAUAUUUAACUUCAACUUUUAUAGAUGAUUUCUUUUUUUUUUUUUUUAAUAAAAUAUUUUUAUCUGAUA